AUGAGACUCUCUACUAUAAAGUAUAUUUUUUCUUCGUCGCUGCUCUUUACAAAUAUACUGGCAUCAACGAUACCGGAACAUGAAACCACAGACCAAAGCAGUAAAUACGUCAUUUUACCAUUCAAUAAAUUGGUGGGAGAUAGUUACGAAGAUGCAACUCCAGAUAAGAAACCACAUUUUGCUCUCGUAAAAAGAGAUGGAUCAUAUGAGAACGUUGCAAUCAAGAAUGAACAAAGUUUCUACUCUGUAGAAUUAUUGAUAGGUACCCCCUCGCAAAAGAUUACAGUUUUGGUGGAUACAGGUUCUUCAGAUUUAUGGAUCAUGGGUUCCGAUAAUCCAUAUUGUGCAUCUACAAGUAAUGGGAAAAAUGUUAUGAGAAAGGAUGACUCCAAUCUUCCAGAUGGUAUUUUGUUUACGGAAAUUACUGUCACCAAUCUAAGCGAUUUGACUGGUUUUUUCAGCGAUUUCAGUUUUAUUCCCAUGUCUGAAACUGAUAUUCCUACAGGUGUGACAUCUACAAAUACUGUUGGAGGUCCUGUAUUUCCUACACAGACAAACAAUAUCGCUCUUAGUGAACGUACUAUAGAUUGUUCUCAAUAUGGAACUUUUGAUAAGAAUCAAUCCUCUACUUUCCAAACUAAUUUCACCUCUUUCCUAACAAGCUAUGGUGAUUCAACAUUUGCUUCGGGAACUUGGGCUCAUGAUGUUUUAAAUCUUGGUGGUUUGAACAUUACAGGACUUUCAUUUGCUGUUGCAAAUAUGUCGAAUUCCACCGUUGGGGUUCUGGGGAUUGGAUUACCAGGGUUAGAAACAACAUAUUCUGGGUCUACCAGUAAAUUAUACCAAUAUAAUAAUUUUCCAAUGCUUUUGAAGCAAUCAGGAGCCAUCGAUUCAACUUCAUAUUCCCUUUUCCUAGAUGAUUUAGAUGCCAAACAGGGCAGCGUAUUAUUUGGUGCCGUAGACCAUACAAAAUAUGUAGGUAACUUAUACACCGUCCCCAUGGUAAAUAUCCUUGCAUCAAAAGGAUACCCUAAUCCAAUUCAAUUUGAUGUGACCUUAGCCGGUAUUGGUAUUCAAAAUGAUUCCAAGAAUUAUACUGUGACAACAAAUAAGUUUCCAGCAUUACUGGAUUCUGGUACCACCAUUAGUUAUUUCCCUCAAGAGGUCGUUCAAACCAUUGCUAGACAAUUAGGUGCUCGUUAUUCUUCAGCCUUGGGAUUUUACGCCAUGAGUUGCAAUGGUGUUAGCUCUUCAACAAACUUCGUUUUCGAUUUUGGUGGAUUCCAUAUAACUGGUCCUGUAAGUGAUUUCUUAUUACCUACGUCCGGAAAUACAUGCGUAUUAGCCAUGGCUCCACAAGAAUCUCAGCAUAUUCUAUUGGGUGAUAUCUUCCUAACUCAUGCUUAUGUCGUUUAUGAUCUAGAUAACUAUGAAAUUUCGUUGGCUCAGGCCAACACAGGAACACAAAACUUGGAUUCCAACAUCCAAAUCAUUUCAGACAGUGUACCAAGUGCCAUUAAAGCACCAUUAUACUCUGAAACAUGGUCAAAGGCAAUGCCAAUUUCAACUGGAGGUAAUAUAUUCACAGUCCCAGCAAAUGGCUCUGCUACUUCAACUCAUUCAGGUUCCAGAGUAACGUCAGGCUCAUCUACUUCUGCCACAGGGUCACAAAAGAAGAAUGGUGCUCCUGCCUUGAUGGUUGGAAGCUCUUCUUCCAUUUUCGGUUCGUUAUUAUCGUUGAUUAUGGCUUAUCUAUUAUAA